ACGCGUCCGUUCCCUGCUCUGGGAGCGCCCUCAGCUGUCCUCGGAGCGGCCGCCAGGUACUCCCUGCCCUGGGCAUAGGCCGGUUGCCCGGCGCCCUUCCUCCCAGCGGGGCCCGGGCAGCCUACGGGGCGUGGCCGCUCCCUCCAGCCCGGGCCUCCCGGACCCGCCCACCGGGGAGUGGAGCUCGGGGCUCCGGCUGCGGCUCCUGGGCGGGGAGGCCUCGGCGGGUCUGGCGGCUCCGGGAACCUCCCAGUGCCGGGAGCGCAGUGUCGGAGCCUGGGCUGCGGACCUAGGGCCGCGCCUCCACGACCGCCCUCCAUGACCCGCGCUCUGCUCUGCCCAGCCCCCGACCUGCCCCAGGGGAGCGAGAGCCCCGCUGCCCCAGCUUCUCCGUUGCCAGGACCGAGCUGUGCUACCCUGAUGCAGCCUUUGCUGGCUCAUUUUAAGGCGUUUCAAAACAACCCCUUUAUCUCCAGGAGUAAGAAACUUGGUCUUUGAGAUCAUCCUCUGUUUAAGGAGGCUCUGCUCAGACUCAGCUGGACUCUACUCUUUCCAGAGAGAACAGAGGCAAAGAUAUGGCUGCUGUGGUCUUUCCACUAGGCCCUCUGGAAUCAGUGACAUUUAAGGAUGUGGCUAUAGACUUCACAUUGGAAGAGUGGAAACUCAUGGACUCAACACAGAGGAGUCUGCACCGGGAUGUGAUGCUAGAGAAUUACAGGAAUCUGGUCUCCUUGGGGCUUACAGUUUCUAAACCAGAAAUGAUAUCUCAUUUGGAAAGUGGGAAAGGCCCAUGGGCAGUGGUGAGAGAAAUUUCAAGAACCCCUUACCAAGAUAUGGAGACCAAACAUGCAACCAAGAAUACUAUGCUAUCAGAGGAUAUUUUUAAAGAUGAUUUAUCACAGAAGACCAUAGUAAAGAAACUGACAGAUAAUGAUCUAUGGCAUUCUAGAAUGGGAGGAUUUUGGAAAUGGCAUGAUAAGAUACUGAAAUUGCAAAAUAUUCAGAAGAGUCAUCUGAGUCAAAGAAUAGGAACACACAAAAAAGCUCUUGCUGCUCAAAGAGACUUUAAACUUGGAUCUCUUCUUUUUCCAGAUCCAGGAGUCAUAGAAGAAUCCUACAGCAAAUGUCAAAUAAAUGAGGAAAAUGUCACAGAGAAUUUAUAUUUGAUUACAGACACCCAUUUGGGGAAGAUAAUUUGCAAGGAUACAGAUGGCACCAAAACCAUAAAGCAGAUUUCAGAAUUUUCUUUGGGAAAAAAAAUCGAUAAAGAAAAGCCCUAUAAAUGUAGCACAUGUGAAAAGACCUUUCGUUAUAGAUCAUUACUCCUUCAACAUCAGAGAACACACACUAAAGAAAAACCAUUUGAAUGUAAUGAAUGUGGGAAAAUGUUUCGCCAGCCCUCAUAUCUCAGUCAACAUAAAAAAAUCCACACUGGUGAAAAACCUUAUCAGUGUAAUGAAUGUGGAAAAGCCUUCACUGCUUCUUCAUCACUUAUGGCCCAUCAGCGAAUUCAUACUAAGGAGAAACCUUAUCAGUGUAAUGUCUGUGGAAAAUCCUUUAGCCAGUGUGCGCGACUUAAUCAGCACCAGAAAAUUCAAACUGGAGAGAAACCCUAUAAGUGCAUCCAGUGUGGGAAAGCAUUUAGUGAUAAAUCCAAACUUUCAAGGCAUCAGGAAACUCACAAUGGUGAGAAGCCCUACAAAUGUAAUGAUUGUGGAAAAGCCUUUCAGAAUAAGUCGUAUCUUAGUGUACAUCAGAAGACCCAUACAGAGGAGAAACCAUACAGAUGCAGUGAGUGUGGAAAAUCUUUCAAGAAUACCACAGUUUUUAAUGUUCAUCAAAGAAUUCAUACCGGAGAGAAACCCUUUAGAUGUAAUGAAUGUGGGAAAACCUAUAGAAGCAAUUCAAGUCUUAUUGUACAUAUCAGAACUCAUACUGGGGAAAAACCAUAUGAAUGUAAUGAAUGUGGAAAAGCUUUCAACCGCAUAGCAAAUUUCACAGAACAUCAAAGAAUUCAUACAGGAGAGAAACCUUAUAAAUGUAAUGAAUGUGGAAGAGCAUUUAUUAAUUAUUCAUGCCUAACUGUACACCACAGAAUGCAUACAGGAGAGAAGCCCUAUAAGUGUUAUGAGUGUGGAAAGGCCUUCAUGCGUUCUUCAUCUCUCAUCAUACAUCAGCGUAUUCAUACUGAAGAAAAACCUUAUCUCUGUAAUGAAUGUGGGGAAUCCUUCAGAAUAAAAUCACAUUUAACGGUACACCAGAGAAUUCAUACUGGGGAGAAACCAUAUAAAUGUACUGACUGUGAGAGGGCUUUCACCAAAAUGGUAAAUCUGAAGGAGCAUCAGAAAAUUCAUACUGGAGUGAAACCCUAUAAAUGUUAUGAAUGUGAAAAGUCUUUCAGGACUAAGUCAUAUCUUAUUGUGCAUCAGAGAACCCAUACUGGAGAAAAACCAUAUAAAUGUAAUGAAUGUGAGAAAGCAUUCACUAAUACAUCACAACUAACUGUGCAUCAAAGAAGGCAUACUGGAGAGAAACCCUAUAAAUGUAACGAAUGUGGAAAGGUUUUCACAAGUAACUCGGGCUUUAAUAUUCAUCAGCGAAUACAUACUGGAGAGAAGCCAUUCAAGUGUAAUGACUGUGGAAAAGCAUUUAGUCAGAUGGUCCAUGUCACUGAACAUCAGAAAAUCCAUAGUGGAGAAAAGCCCUAUAAGUGUGAUGUGUGUGGAAAAGCCUUUAGAAGGGGCUCAUACCUAACAGUGCACUGGAGAACACAUACUGGAGAAAAGCCCUAUUCCUGUAAGGAAUGCGGAAAAGGUUGUAUUACUCUGUCACAGCUAACUCUGCAUAGGAGAAUUCAUACUGGGGAACGACCCUAUAAAUGUGAAGAAUGUGGAAAAGCCUUCAGAACUAACUCAGACUUCACUGUACACCUGCGAAUGCAUACUGGAGAAAAGCCCUAUAAAUGUAAUGAGUGUGAGAAAGCCUUCAGGAGUAGCUCACGCCUCACUGUACAUCAAACAAUACAUCAAAGAGGAACUCAGGUGAUAUAGAGAAUAGUGAGACAUUUGGCUGGAUGGCAAUAAGAAUUAUGUAAGCUAUGCUUAAUAAAUAUAGGGAAAUUUCCAAUAGAAAUUGACCAGAUAUUGUACACUAAAGAAAAACUCUGUAAAUGUUUGAAUUCUUUUUUUUUUAAUGUUUGAAUUCUUAUAAAUUUUAAGAAAAUUCACAGUAGAUAAAAGUAAUGGACAAGCUGGGCAUGGUGGUACACACCUUUAAUCACAGCACUUGGGAGGCAGAGGCAGGAAAAUCUCUGAGUUCAAGGCCAGCCUGGUCAGCAUAGUGAGUUCCAGGACAGCUGGGGCUACAGGGAGACCCUGUCUCAAAAAAACAAAAAAACAAGUAAUGGACAAAUGAAAAUUUUAUCCAGAGUUCAUACUUUAAUCAUUUAAUUAAAGUUAUUUGCCUUUAUAGACCUUUGUCUAUUUUUCUAUGGGUUUGUAUUUUCUUACAAAUCUGGAGGUGCUUUUGUGUAUUUUCUAUAUCACUCCUUUGUCACUUGUGUAGCAAACGUUCCUCUUAAUCUAACAUUUGUCUGUAUACUUUUAUAAAGUCACAACAUUUUAAUUUUAUAGUAAAAUAUCUGUAUCUUUUUAGGUUCUUGAUUUUGUGUGUGUGUGUGUGUUUUCAAGAUAGGGUCCCCCUGAAGCCCCAGCUGGCCUGGAACUCACUGUGUAGACCAGACUGGCUUAGCUCUCACAGAGAUCUGCCUCCUGAAUGCUGAGAUUAAAGUCAUGAACCACCACAUCCAGCCUAGGUUCUUGCUUUAAAAAAAUAUUUUUUAUUGAGUUUUGGUCCCUAAGUUAUACAUGAUCUUCUAAAUUUGCUUGGGAAUUUUUGAUAUUUUAUUAUUUACAUUUAACCUGUCUAGACAGAAUUGUUCCUCAUAGAAGAGCAGCUUCAAAUGAGCAUGAACCUAUGAAAAGAUUUUAAUUUAAAUAGUACUCAGAGAAAUGCAAAUUUAAAAUGGACUGAACCUUCUACUUCAUAGAGUUGGCAACAUUUAACCUUUCUUUGUGAGUAGAGUUUGGGGAAGCCAUGUACUCUUAUUUAAAGGUUGCAUAACUUACAUUUCCACCAGCAACCCAGCAGUUAUAUACUGUUUAAAAUAUCCUUUGACCCAAUAUUCUCACUUGGGAAUCUGAUCAAUAGAAAUAUAAGUACCAUCAAGUAUAAGAAUAUAAACAAAUAAGGAUGUUUAUUGAAGUAUUGUUUUAUAGAGCAGAAAAGAAGUCACAACUGUAAACAAAGUACCAGUUAAGACAAUGGUUGGAUAAAUUUUUUUAUGUCCCUAUUCUGGGACAGGAUGGAUAAUUUUAAAAUAAGUUACAGAUCUGCUAGUUAACAUCAAUAUUUUCUCCAUAAUGUUUUGAUAAAUGAUUUUUUGUUUUAAUAGAUAUGUGUAUAUAAAAUUUCAUUGAUCUCAUUCUGUUAGUAAUUACAUUAUGUAUUCACAUGUGUGACUAGAUUUGCAGAAAGACAGAUAUGGAAGAAAGUAUAUCAAGCUGUCAGUAUUGGCUACCUUGAAGGAAGGCAGGGAAGGAAAAAGGAUAAAAGGUCAAGAGACUGUAAACAUAGAAAAAUGUGAAUGUGGCAUGUGAAGUAUAAAAUUGUAUGUAAUGUUAUAUACUUAAGUGAAUCAUUUAGAGAGAUGAAAAAGUAGUCCCAGAAAGUUAAUAAUUGCUCCAGAGUUGGUAGACCAUCAGAUGCUUUUUGACGUUUCUGUAAUUUUCUGUAACUUUGAAUUUUUCUUUGGAAUGCGUGUGUAAUAUUUAAAUAAAAAGAAAAAACCUUUUUGCU